GCACGUUUUCAUAAAUUUUCGUGCUGAAUUUAAAUAUGUUGUUCAUUUUUGUUGAAAAUGAUUAGAAAAUUUCAAACAUGUUAACCCGGAUCUGAGAAUAUAGCUAUAACUCCUUGUUUAUUUUUACAUUUCUUAUUUUUAUCGUUUGACAAUCAGGGGAAAAUUUAUCGAUUUAAACCAAAUCUUUUAUUUUAUUAAAAGAAUCUCAAGACUACAUAUUAAAUUGUAUCUUCUGCACAGUUUUAUUAGCCACAGCUACAGGGUUUCUCCAUGUUCUUUAUUGAUGAUAUUUGCAAAAAAACUUAGUCAAGUAAAAAAAUAAUGAGGAAUUAUAUAGCAACACAAGAAUUUUCAAGGCUUACCAGAAACAAGAGACGCUAGUUACUGUUAAAAGUACAUGUAUGAGUUAUAGAUAACUUGUUACACAUCUAUACACAGAAACCUGUUAAGGGAUCAACAAUCAAACUUUGUCAAUGCAUAGAUAUAAAGCAAUGACUAAAAAAUUUAAAAUAUGUCCAAAUUCAAAGAGCAGAAUUAUGUCGCACCACAAAACUCUGUCAUUGAGGGGUUUAAAAUACCACGAUAUCACAUCAACCCAUAUAUGGAGAUCAAAAGCGCACCUGCAACUAUACACACAACACCAGUUCCAACAGCUAAAGAAGACGGCAAUGAAUUAUUGCAAAGAAAAUUUAGUAAACAGUCUGAUCUGUCAAUAAAUGAAGUUGUGGCAAACAAGUCAAUUGAAAGAAACCCAAGAAGUGCAGUUUGUAUUAACAAUCAUUUAAUGGCCAGGUUAUAUCAUCAUCCUAAAAAUUCACAAGUGUUGCAGCAUAAUAAGUUUGUGCCACAUCCUCCUAAUCAACAAAAGUAUAAUAGUCUUUAUGCUGGGAAAAGAAAUAUCCUACUAAAACAGAAACAAAAAGCUAAAGAUGACAGUAUAUCUGAUUUAUUAAUCCAAAGUGAAAAGUUUUCUUCACACAGCAUUACUGGGGAAAUGCAAACAAAAAGUAAAUUUACUGGAAACAAUCUAUACCAAAACCACUCGGUACUGGAAGUGAUACAUGCAUUGUUCAAACGAUUAAACUGGCCUUGUGAUGGUAUUCUCUCUGGUGGUAUUCCAGCUGAUUUUGCAAAAUGUAUUGACACAAUGAUAACUAAAAGGGAAGACGAUGGAGAAUUUGUGUAUUUUGUGGCUAGAGACUACUUUUGCAACACUGCAAGAUAUAACCCAUAUGACUUAAUAUUUAUAACUCCAAAGGAGGCACAAAAGUGUGAUCUAUACUAUACAGUCUCUGCAAGUUAUGUUAGCAAGAUUUGCAAAACCAAUGGUACAACACUUGUUCCUGUCUUGGAUUGGUUGUACGAGAGGAAGAUGUUUAACAAGAUUUAUAAUAUUAAUUUAUUUAAACAAUUCAGGCUUUGGAAAACGUUCACAACUUGGAAGAAAAUUUUAAGAAAUGAAAAGAAAGAAAGUAGCAGGCAUGUUUUUUUUGUUUGGUACUUUGUGAUUUCUUCAGUUUCAGUCAUAUAUAUUUUGUAUUUAAGUUCACACCCAGCAAGGUUGCAAACCAGCUAAAAAUGGUUAAAAGCAACUUUAGUAACU